AUGGAGAGCCUGAAGUGCCGCGUCACGCCAGUUCUGGCUUUGACAAUAGGAGUUUUAUUUUCUGCAAGAGGCGCAGAAGCACACGGCAAUCACAACAUGGAGAAGAUACAAGAAGGCGACGCCAUGAGCGUAGAUCCCAUUGACUCGAUAUUAUGGACACAUAUCCUCUUGAUGAUGUUGUCCUUUGGCAUCAUCUUCCCAACUGGAAUGGUCCUCGGUAUUGUACGAAAUCGAUGGCACAUCCCAGUACAGGUAGUCGGCACGGCGAUUGCGAUUGUGUCAUUCUUCUUAGGACACUUGCACAAGGGUCGAGCCUUUUCGCAAAACGUUCACGCCACUUUCUCGAAUUGGCUCAUGUUGAUGCUCGCUGUACAAAUUGUUUUCGGGAUAUAUUUGAGGUUCCACAUUACCAAGGGUUUCCACGGCAAGAUUAGAAAGGUCGCCAUUCAUGGACACGGAAUCGUAGGAAAGGCUAUGCCUGUGGCAGCUUGGGUACAAAUGUUGUUUGGAGGUAUUACUGCUCUUGGGUAUUGCCGUGAUGACCAUCUAGGGCAAUGCCUUGCCCAUUUCAUUAUGGGCAGUGCAUUCAUUGGAUAUGGAAUCCUUCUUACCCUCGUUAUGCUGGUUGGUCAAGUUUGGUUGCGGAGGACUGGACGAUCACAAGAAUUCUUUGACUCGGCAGUUAUUGCAGCUUGGGGUUGUGUCAAUACCUUCACCGAGCACAGAUGGGGUGGUGCGUGGGUUGCCAAUGAUAUUCAGCAUACCACUAUGGGCGUCAUUUGGUGGGCCGCGGGUUUGGCAGGUGUUUGGCUCAGCAGGAAGCGGGACGGAUCACCCAAGAGGAACUUCGUUCCUGGCUUCGUUAUUUUCAUCACUGGUUGGGCCAUGUCCGCACAUCCUCAGCAUCUCCCACUUAGCACCAUGGUUCACACCGUGUUCGGAUACACCUUGAUGGCUGCGGGUCUGUCUAGGAUCAUUGAAGUUUCUUUUGUCUUAAGAGAUGCAGACACGCUAUCGGACGACGGAGAUGCUAACAGCUGGCAAUACAUCCCACCUUUCUUACUCUGUGCGUCAGGAUUCCUGUUCAUGGGAGCAACAGAGGAACAAAUGAAGCUGAUAUCUGACGCUGGAAUCACUCACGUCUCCUACGUCCUCGUACUCUAUAGUUUCGCCUUCCUCAUCUUCCUUUUCACCAACAUGCUUCUUCACAUCUACGCGGUAAACUCAAAACCACCUGUCCCACCGAAGGAUAACGGGGAGCCAGUUCGAGCUCCACGAGUGAAUGGCCACGCAAGAGGGACAGAUUCGAGACAAAUCAGAGAUGCUGAGGAAUUUGAGUUGGACGGACUAAUGAGUGAGGAUGAGCCCGAGAGUCCGAGUACAUUAGGGAAGAACAAUGAAGCGCGGGUUGAUUGA